AUGGAGCAAAGGCAGGCGACUGAGGUUGAUAUGACACCGCGGUCCUACGGCACCGUGCUGGUGGUCGGAGGCUGCGGUUUUCUCGGCUCGCGGCUCGUGGAUCAAUUGCUCAACUUUCCCUCCGAAGGAACAGCCGUAGAGAACAAAGCAGUCUCACAGCAGCGACAAAGAACAAACGGCGCCGCAACCAGCAACACGCAAACGGCAUCAACCUCCAGCUUCAUCCCGACCCCUAACCCGGAGAAAUACGACAUCACCACACUCCUCCCCUCUUCCUUCCCAUCCUUACGCAGCCGUUACCCUCCCACAGACCAGUCCUCUACCUCCGUCCAUGUAUUGGACUUGAGAUGCACCCAACACAUUUUCCCCGGUGCCACGUACCACGCCGCCGACAUCACUGAGCCAAAUUCUCUUCUCGAGGUCUUCCGCAAAGUCAAGCCCAACGUCGUCAUCAACACUGCGUCUCCGUCGUGGGAGGCCCCUCCGGCCAUUCUCCGAAAAGUAAAUAUCGAAGGCACACGGACACUCUUGGAAGUUGCCGGUGGGAAGAAGCAUGGCGACUGGGGUGGAUGUGUCAGAGCAUUCGUCCAUGUCUCGAGCGCGAGCGUGAUCCACGAUGGCGAAUCCGACUUGGUCAAUGCAGACGAACGAUACCCCUACGUGUGCCCGAAUCCGAGGGAGUAUUAUUCCGAGACAAAAGUCCUCGCUGAGAAGAUCGUGCUCAAAGCCAACGCCAAUCCUGACUACAGUGAUGGAGGCAAAAUGUUGACCUGCGCAGUGCGGCCCGCGGGCAUCGUCGGCGAAGGAGAUCGCGGGGGAUUCUCAGGGGCCAUUCUCCGGACGGCUUCAGUGGCCCCGGAUUGGCAAUUACACAUCCAGCUGGGGGACAAUGGGAAUUUGUUCGACAACACCUAUGUAUAUAACGUGUGUUUCGGGCUCCUUUGUGUGGCGCGGGUUCUUCUGGAAGGCGGGUUGAGCAAGGGAGGGAAGGAUCUUGAAAAAGUCGAUGGUGAAGCAUUCAACGUGACCAACAACCAGCCCGCUUUCUUCUGGGACUCAUCGCGCUAUCUCUUCUCGCGGUACGGACGCACAAUCAACCCCGACCGAAUCGUUGCCCUUCCCACCUCUCUGGCUACCUUUGUCGGCGGCGCCGCGGAGUUGUUCAACCACCUGACGGGCAGAAAGGGCAAGCUGAACCGCCAGACAGUCAAGUACGCCACGAUCUCGAGGUAUUACUCGUGCGAGAAACUCAUGAAGAGGGCCGGAUACGUCCCGGUUGUGGGCCUGGAUGAGGGAUUUGCAAGGAGCGUGCGCUGGUUCAAGGAAGACGAACAGCAACAGCUGAGAGAGAAAGGCGAAUGGAAGAAGGAGCAAUAG